GAUUUGCAUUGCUAUCCAACACUCGCGCUGAUUUCUCGUUCUCUCGUUCAUAAUAAAAAUUGUCAAUAACUUUGCUCAGAAAGUAGUUACUGCAACUAAUUCUUAAGAGCGCGACUAGGUUGUGCAACUCGUGUGUGUGCGUGUGUGUGUGUGUGUCCGUCUAGUGUCCAGCGUACUCCUGGCCCUACCACCUUGUACGUGCUGGAGAGCAAAAGAAUUGUGCAAUAGGCAUUCCCCUCCAUAAAAAUCGAAGGAUUUUGUCGUCGCGUUCGUGGAGAAUCUCGUGUGUGGAGAAAAUGUGAAACGUGAAACUGCAGCCCAUAACCCAAACAGCGGCAGUCGACGAAAGUCUAUCAAACAUGUGCUUGGUGGAGCAUGCGGGGGACCAGCAGAAGCAGCCAUCAUCGCCAGUGACGUCUUCCACAACAUUCUGCUCAAAUCGCAAUCGCAACAACAAACCCUCCCCCUCCUCCAUUACCAUAGUAAACAGCCAGCAGCAGCAGCAGCACCAUCAUCAGAGCCUGCGUAGUGGCGCCAGCACCUCCAUUACCACUCCCACUACCACCACAUCGCCGACCUUCAAUGCGAAGUACAGGCGAAAAUGCUUGCUCCUGCUGACGCUGCUCCUCUUCCACGGCUGCUUCAGCGGCCUGCAUCGGGCCAGCGCGUACAAUUGCACGGCGCACGGGAGUCGCUGCCAGAACGAUGGCCAGUGCCAGGAGGAUGGACAAUGCCUGUGCGCGGACGGGUGGCAGGGGCCCGAGUGCCAGUUUUGCGGUGGAAAAGUGCGCAUGUACCAUCCCAUGGGCACGAUACACGACGGUUGGGGCAACUAUUCGGUGAGUGUCAAGUGCAGUUGGCUUAUCGAUGCCCGCCACCCGCACUGGGGACGGCGACAUAAUGCCAAUUCGCCAAGAACCUCCAAUAUACGGAUUCACCUACGAGAAUUUGCCACGGAAUGCGGCUGGGAUCACCUGUACAUAUACGAUGGCGACAGCGUAGACUCGCCCCUGCUGGCGGUCUUCAGUGGCCUCAUGUACAGGGGGAACUUCUCCAUACGACGGGUGCCGCAGGUGAUAGCCAGAUCGGGCACUGCCCUGGUGCACUUCUUCAGUGACGAUGCCUACAACAUGUCUGGCUUCAAUCUCACCUACAAAAUGAAUGGCUGUCCCACGGAUAGCGAUGAGGUGGAGUGCUCGGGGCAUGGCAAGUGCCGGGAUGGUGAAUGCAUCUGUGAUCCCAUGUACAGGGGCGAGGCCUGCAAUAUGGCUGCCUGUCCAGGCAAUUGCUUGGAGGAGAAGAACCAAGGCCACUGCAGACUAGACCAGGAGCGUUGCAUCUGCUACGAUGGCUUUGCUGGCGAUGAUUGCAGUCAGGUCAGUGCCCAUGGCGCCUGGACCACUGUACAUCCCAAGCACUCACCGGCGCCAGCGGGCAGUGCCUCCCAUGGCGCCACCGUAUGGCGUGACACUCUGCACAUUGUGGGCGGUGAAUCGUAUGGACGCGGCGAGCUAAUGAGUACCUAUGACUUUAACGGCAAUGUGUGGGAGACUGUACAUCCGGAGGAUGGCGGCGAGGUGCCCGACAAGCGCUAUGGCACCUCCACCGUCAUGUAUGGCGACAAGAUCUUCAUGUACGGCGGCGUCGUCAAGGGCCAGGGCAUCUCCAAUGAGCUGUGGGCCUUCGAUGUGUCGGCCAAGACGUGGGAGAACAUCACCGUGCGAACGGACGCAUGCAAUGUAACCACCUCGCCAAGUGGCAUGUGCGGGCCACUCCAUGUGGUGGGGCACACGGCCACGCUGGUCCCCGGAUUCGGGGACAAGAACAACUAUCAGUAUAUGGUGGUCAUCUUUGGGCAUUCGCCCCACUAUGGCUACCUCAACACGGUGCAGGAGUUCAACUUCGGCUCGCGUGAGUGGCGCAUUGUCCAGACCUCUGGCUACGUGGUGAAAGGCGGCUACGGACACAGCGCCGCCUACGAUUUUCUCACAGAGAAGGUCUACGUCUAUGGUGGCAUUGUGUCGGAGAGCGAGUCCAGCCAGGUGCUGAGCUCGCGGCUGUACGCGUACGAGCCAUCCACGCGCAUCUGGAGCCUGCUCUCGUCGGCGCCCAGUGCCCGGCUGCUGCACACCGCAAACUUUGUGAACCAGGGCCUGAUGAUGGUCUUCGGGGGAAACACGCACAACGACACCUCCACGAGCUAUGGCGCCAAGUGCUACAGCAAGGACCUGCUCGUCUAUGACGUCUACUGUGAUUCCUGGCACUUCCAUCAGAUGCCCAGCUACCUGCAGGCGGAUCUGGCACGCUUUGGCCACAGUUCGGUUGUGUUUGAGGAUGCUCUCUACAUCUACGGGGGAUUCAACGGCCAGCUGCUGAACGACAUCUUGCGCUACCAGCCGGGCUACUGCAGCUACUACACCAAGCAGGAGAAGUGCACCAGCGCCCGGCCCGGCAUCAAGUGCAUCUGGGAUGUGCAGAAGAUGCGCUGCAUUUCGAUCACCCAAGUGCAGCGGUCUGCCAUUUAUGGCCGGGAGCAGUAUGACUAUGUGGCGUGCCCCUCGAAGAGUCGUCUCACCAUGACCUCGGAGCUGCUGCACGAUGUCCUGCGCUGCCAGGAGCUGGGCAACUGUCAGUCCUGCGUCUCGACAGCCUUCGAUUGCACCUACUGCGGCAAUGGAGUGUGCAGCAAGGAACGUUGCCGCGAGACCACAUCCGUGGCCUCCGUCUUCCUCGAAUUGUCGACGCAUCAGUCCGUGCCGCAAGUGCCGGCAACGACAGUGGGACCGCCGCUGAAUGCCAAGCGAUUGGAAGCCUGUCCCGUGUCGGAGGAUUUCCUCAUGCAGUCCGUCUGCGAGCAGCUGCACAACUGUCGCGCCUGCUCCUCGAACACGGCCUGCAAGUGGGAUACGGAGCAGAAUCGCUGCCGCAGUCAUAGCUCUACAUCCACAGCUGUCCUGGUGUCAAAUCGCACGCAGGAUGAUGUCGUCUGUCCGCCAGCUUGUGCGACGCUCACCAAUUGCCAGAACUGCACGGAGGAUGAGUGCAUUUGGUGCCAGAACGAGCAGCGCUGCGUGGAUCGCAAUGCCUACACGGCCAGCUUCCCCUACGGCCAGUGUCGGGAGUGGACCACCUUCACGGCCAAGUGCCGCUCCUCCCCGGUGACGGCGCUGAGCAUCGGCACCACCACGGCCCUGUCGAGUGCCCAGUGUGGCUACUACAACAGCUGCCAGCAGUGUCUCGAUGAUCCGGCCUGCGGUUGGUGCGACAACGGCUCCAACACUGGCCUCGGACGGUGUGUGGUGGGUGGUGCCCUGGCACCGUACGACGAGACAGAGUGCGCCCUGAAGCACUGGUUCUUCACGUCGUGUCCGCGCUGCAACUGCAAUGGGCAUUCUGUGUGCAACGAUCAGCAGCACUGCGAGCAGCCGUGCAACAAUCUGACGACUGGCGUACAUUGCGAGAAGUGCCGGACGGGAUACUGGGGCAGUCCCAUCAACGGGGGGAAGUGCCAGCGCUGCGAGUGCAACGGUCAGGGCGUCUAUUGUCAUCCGGAUACUGGCAAGUGCUACUGCACCACAAAGGGCAUUGUCGGCGAUCAUUGCGAGAAGUGUGACUCCCAGAAUCAUUACCAUGGCGAUCCGCUCAAGGGCUCGUGCUACUACGAGCUCACCAUUGACUACCAGUUCACGUUCAACCUGUCGAAGAAGGAGGACCGACACUUCACCCAAAUCAACUUUCGCAAUUCGCCCGGCAAGCCGGAGAUCGACGCGGACUUUACGAUUACCUGCAGUGUGCCGGCCAAAAUGGACAUCUCGGUGAAGCGAGCCGGUUCGCCAGACAUGCUCAUUUUGGUGGGCGUCAACUGCUCGACGUUCCGCCAUCGGUUCCCCAAGACCGAAUAUCAAUUCGGUCAUUCGCCGGAUGACAAUAGCUCGCUGACGACAUUCUAUGUGUUUGUGCAUGACUUCCAGCCCCCCAUCUGGAUACAGAUUGCAUUUUCCCAGUAUCCCAAGCUCAAUCUGCAGCAGUUCUUCAUUACCUUCUCCUCCUGCUUCCUGCUGCUGCUCCUCAUGGCCGCUGUUCUCUGGAAGAUAAAGCAAAAGUAUGACAUGUUCCGGCGACGUCAGCGUUUGUUUGUCGAAAUGGAACAGAUGGCCAGUCGACCAUUCUCACAGGUGCUCGUCGACAUUGAAAACCGCGAAAGUAUUGAUCUGAGUCUAACGCUGGAGGGCAUUGGCCAUAUGUCCAAGAAACGAAAAAAGGAAUGUCCCAGUCCCAUUGCUUUGGAGCCUUGCAGCGGCAAUCGAGCGGCUGUGCUCUCGCUUCUAGUCCGGCUGCCCACGGGUGGCCAAUCGCAAGCGCCGACGGGUCAAUCGAAUGGCCUGGCUGUAGCCAGCGCCUUAGUCACGCUCGGUCCGCGUCGUCCGUCGAUGGAGCUGCAUCCGAAGGAGCCAAAAUCGAAGCGCAAGCAGAGCCAGCAUCCGGAGAGUUGUACAUAAUGUAACAAUAACGCUAAUGCAUACCUAUAUAAUUCUAAUAAUAAUAUAAUAAUAAUGAUACAGAUAAUAAUUUUGAUAAUAUGUAAACUAGCGAUAAUAGGUAUAUAGCGCGUAUUUGCCCCCCACAUUCGACCUCCUUCUGCGAGUACUAAGCGACGCGAAGGGCAUGCAUGCUAGCAAGUUGAUAAUCCUGCAGUUAUUAUUACUUUAAAAAAAAUUAGACGAAUAACAAAACCAACAACAACAAGAAAGAAACAAAACAAUAGGGAGAAACGCGAGAAACAAAAAACAAAAAUCCAAUAAUAGUAAUUUUUUAGCAAAAACGACAUAUUUAUACACGGUUAUAUGUAUGUAUAUGUAUGUACAUAUAUAUAUAUAUAUAUAUAUAUGUUGAUGAUAUAGUUGAUAGGUCGAGUAGCGUUGCAAUAGUUAUAAAUGUUUAAUUUAUUAUUUAUACCGCAUAUGUGAGAGAUCAGCAGCAGUCGCAGGAGCAGCAGCAGCAGCUGUAUUCAAGAUUAACAUUAUUGUAUGUAUUUUUUUACCCUUAUCACAUAGCUUAAGCGUGUUGUUAGAAUUUAUUUAUGCAAAUUUAUGUGCGCCACAGCACCGGAAGAAGCAAAAGUCAGGAAGCAGCGUUGAAAAACAAAACACAAAAACAAAAGACAUUUAUUUGAUUUCCGUAAACAAAACAAAAACCAACAAGUGAUGAACAAAAUCCAUAUAAACGAGAGACACAUCCGAUUAUACAAGGAGUUAAGAAGUUAACCGAUUUAUAUAUAUAUAUAUCAAUAUAUGUAUAUGUAUAUGCAAUACUGUGUUCAAUAUAUAGGAAUAUUGUAUUUUAUUGUUUUGUUUUGUUUUUAGUUUUUCAAAUCCGUGCAAAUAUUUACAGCGCAAGACAUGAGUGGAACAAGAAACGAGCAGAGAGAGAGAGACAGAGAAAAGAACAGAAAGAACAAUGCAAAAUGUAGUUUGUACAUACAACACACAAAAAACAUACGUAAAUUAAUACCCGCUAUAUAGAUAGUAGUUAUACAUAUACAUAUAACUCUUGGUAGGAGAUGAUCGCGCGACCCUAAAGACAGACAAACAAAACAAAUCAAACGAUUAUAUAUUUUACACGCAAUCUAGAUAAAACAAAACAA